AUGGACUUUGAUCAAACCAGGCCGCCUCAGGCAAUAAUAGAUGCUAUUAAUGAUGCGGGCUUUGAGUGGGUGUUCAGGUUGGGUCAGGUCAAGCAUGACAGGGGCUUGAUUACUGCUUUUAUCGAGAGGUGGCGUCCAGAGACGCACACUUUUCAUCUACCUUUCGGGGAGGCCACCAUUACACUGGAGGAUGUCCAUCACAUUCUCGGGUUACGAACCACUGGCCGACCAUUUAUUCUACAUGGCUUCACCACCACAGCUCGCGAGAGAUUGGCCAUGAUACGCGAUGUUCUUGGACUGACUCCCGAGGCGGCUGAUGUGAGGAAGAACUGCUUGAGGGUCGGUUGGUUGAUUGAUAACUUUGGCGACUGUGCCCGGUUGGACGAGGCAGCGGAGGAUUUUGAUGAGCAGACUAUCUUUCACAUCAGGGCACACCUACUGUGUGUUAUUGGAUCGUUGUUUCCUGAUAGCAGCGGGAACUAUGUGAAUCUCAACCUCCUUUGGAUGCUACGUGACUUGCAGAGCGUGGAUGGUUAUAGCUGGGGGAGUGCUGUUCUUGCAUACCUUUAUAGGAAGAUGUGCGAUUCCACCCAUAAAGUCACAAAAAACUUCGUUGGAUACGCCACGUUAGUACAGGUGUGGAUAUACGAGCGGUUCCCUACAUUAGCUCCCCGACACACGGCCACACCCCUGAUUAUCUACCCACUUGCGCUAAGGUGGACAGAGCCGUUUACCCGUACUGAGGUGCCGCACGGUCAGCGUCGUAUCACCCGGUACGAGCUGGAUAACAUGAUUGAGGCAAAUUUUCGGUGGAGGCCGUAUGCACAUUUUGAUGACGAGCAUCAGCCUGAGUAUGAUUUGUACCUGCGUUGGACUGCUCCUACGCCUUUAAUGUACAUGGCCUAUGUGGAGUGGUGUUAUACUGAUAGGGUGACGAGGCAGUUCGGGUUCGUGCAGGACAUACCCACAUCCUCUCCACGUGCGAAUCAUAGUAACCUGCACACCAUUGUCAACGAGGCCAUUAACUGGGAGGGCGCCAGGGAGUCUCACACUCGUAUAUGGGAUAGGUCCCUUGAGCGAGCUCUUACAUCUCCCCCACUCAUGUUUGGCGAGGGUUGCACUGCGGCAUACAUGCCUUGGUUUCUUGCAGUGACACGUAGAUACAUUGUAAACCCCGUCUAUUGGAGGACUGCAGAGGCUUUCCAGGGCACACAGGGCGCCACACAGGCACUGGAGGAUCAGCUUGUAGAUAUGGAGAGUGCCAUUGACCCUGCUACCCUGGAUCUUGCUCGGGCACAGAGGAUUGUACAGGGGUUGUUAGGACGUUUUAGGGGUUCAAGAAACCCUAGCAGACACAGAGGACGGCCACCAGUUACACCAGUUGAGCCGGAGCCAGGCACGUACUACACUCACGUGGCCAGUGGUAGCUCAGACACGGGAGGUUGGUCACACCUGGUUGGCACUUCUUCUUCGCCGGUUGGGGAUGUAGCGGGUACUUCUAGGGCGGAUGGAUGGGACUCCUGGCCCGCGUCGACGGUCAGGCCAUCUACAUAUGCAGGGGAUGACUACGAGGGUGGUCCACGUGGCUUUACGGUCAGAUUAGAGGAUGACCAGGACAUGUCUGCUAAGCGUCAGUCGCAGGAGUCAUACCAGUUCCAGGAUGCAGAUGCUUAUCGUCCUGACAUGUCUUUCCUGAGGGAUCAGUACACCACACCUCCGCCACAGGUCCCGGUGCCGUCAUUUGCUAGCCAGUCCUACAUCUUCGGGGCACCCGCGUUUCCAUUCGCACCGCCACCAGAGAGGUCCACUCCUACUCCUAUACAGAUGUCCACUUUUGCUUCGUACACUGGUGAGAGUAGUCCAUGGGCGCCCCCCAGCACAGCAGUACCAGGGCACUCCGAGGCCGAGGAGCAACCUGAGGAUGAGCAUCGACAGCAGCCACCUAGAGCUGCGAAGGGAAAGGGUCGAAGAUGUCACACCGGAAGCCACAUCUUCGGCCAUAAGAAGAAGUAG